AGGUGCCGCUCAGCUGGAAGUUUUCGAACAUGAAUGCAUCGUGAAAUUCGCAUGAGAGCCGUUUUCUCUUCGAGCACGCUCCCGUGAAGCGUGACAACAUCAUAGAUUAAAGGGAAGGAGCUGAUCGAUGGCAUGGAUGACAAACUCCGCAACCUCGGGUUGUGCGACGACAUUCUUCGAGAACGUUUUAUUGAUGCGUGCUGGAUUUUGAUCAAGAAACCUCAUAUCCUCAAUCAUCGGCUCUUCGGCUCCAGCAUCGUCUCGUGUGUGAGCUCCAAGAGUGGCUUACCAGUUGGCCUCGAGCGGUCUACGAGAGAGAGGAAGCCUGACCUGACAAUUGUCCGCCGUCUGAUACCCAGGAACCGAGAGAAGUACUCCCCAGUCCUUGAGCGAUGCAUUCUCUCCGAGAGGAGCUUACGGAUCGAAACGGCCGAAUCCGAGGUCGCUUCAAGUUCCCCUCCCGAGGGAGCCGGAGGCAGCUCUGCGAAACCGAUACCGGUGGUUGAAGCAUCGGUCAUCGAGAUUCGUCUGGGGGUCGCGGAAACAGUCGUGAUCUUAGGCUCAGGUGGAGUACCGAGAAGCUUCACGGAAGCUCUACUUCGACGGCUUGCGAAAUGGAUGGGGCCGAAAUCCGAAAUCCAUGCUUCAAGCCAGAUUCAGCUAGAUUCGCUGUCGUUGAUCGAUCCUGAAGUGUACAAUCUCACGUAUUCAAGAUUGAAGAAAGAAGCGGCCUCGAUCGUGGCGAUUUGGCCGGAGAGAACAAACCCCGAGAAAUUCGUCCACGAGGACGUCGCCAUCGCGAGCUACUUGAUCUCACUAUGGGACCCGCUGUGUCAAGGAAGGAAAGUGAAAUUCGUUGACGUCGGAUGCGGUAACGGAUUGUUGGUGUACAUACUCUUAAAGGAAGGACACGAGGGAUUUGGAGUGGACGUACGCCGUCGUGAACUAUGGAAAUUGUGUCCAGACAAUCUCUUCGAGGGCGCGGUAUCACCCGAAACUCGAUACAGUGACGUCGAUUGGUGGAUCGGGAAUCAUUCGGACGAAUUAACUCCAUGGAUUCCGUUCCUCGCGACCAUGUCGAACCCGAACGCCAAAGUCUUCCUCAUCCCGUGUUGUCCCUUCGGACUCCACGGGAAAUAUCAACGGAAGAAUCCGGAGCUCAGUCAGUAUCAGAGUUACUUGACCUUCCUCCGGGACGAGUUCCUCCCAGACUGCGGUUUUCGGGUGGAGAUGGACAAGUUGAGGAUUCCGUCGACCAGAAGAGUGUGCCUGGUAUGCAGAGAACGUCGCGUAGAGCCUUAUGAGGCGGCUGUGGAUAGAUUGCAGCAGCGUUGGGAGCGCGAACGAGGGUCUUUCGUUCCCCGGCCGAAGGAAAUUCCGGUCAGGAACUGCACUCAAAUAAAUAGGAGCAUCCUUGAACCGUUAGUGAACAAAAUCGCUUUCGGCGUCCUGACUCAGGGAAGCGGAGAGGAUGCCCCUUACAACCGAGGCGGCGAGGUUGCACUCAGCGAGGCUGUGAAGCUGUUGAAGUCUGAUGAGCUCCAAGUCCUCAAAUCUCAGUGCGGCGGACUGCAAACUCUGCUGAAGAACAACUACCACAUUUUCAAAGUCACGAAAGGAAAAAUCACGCUGAGGAUCCCAGAAGGAAUUACACCGAACGGUGACGAGAGACGGGUCCGCACGAGAGCGUGUUGGUUCCAUGCACGUCACCCACAAGGAUGUCCGAUGAACGCAUCAACGUGCAGAUUCGUUCACACAGAACUCGAGUCGGCUGAUUGAGACGCUCCGAGCUGAUAUGCGCUAAUAAAAGAUUUCGGAACGCCAACGACGAGAUAAGUCGGCUUUGUACACCUAAUUCAUCGGGGCCGGUAUUCUCAGUCGGUAGCGUAUGAGUAUAUGGUUGGUUGGUUGGUUGAUUGAUUAUUAGACCUGUUAUAAUCCGAAGUGAUUUCAUG